UACAAUUACCUCUGUUAAAUGUUAUAUUGAUAUUCAAGAUCAUACUUACCCUGCUAUUAUUGAUAGUGGAGCCUCUGUCAGUAUGAUCUCGCAUCAAACCGUAAAGAAACUAGACCUCAAGAUUGAAGAGCCAUCAAAAAGCCUUAUUGUUGCUACUACUGAUACCACCUCUAGACCUCUUGUAAUUAUUAGAAAUUUGCCUAUUAGGAUCCAAAGUCGACUCAUCCCUUUGGAUGUAGAAGUUGUACUUGCUAUCUCUUAUUCUAUUCUACUUG